CUUCUCCUGUGAGAGAGACCUCCUCCUCCUCCGCCUCCAGCCCCAGCGAGCCUCCUGUCCAGCUGCAGAUACCAACGGGAAUCCCGAUGGGGAAGUCGGUGGUGAAGCUUCUCACCUUCUUGGCCUUCGCCUCGUGCUGCAUUGCUGCUUACCGCCCCAGCGAGACCCUGUGUGGCGGGGAGCUGGUGGACACCCUCCAGUUCGUCUGUGGGGACCGCGGCUUCUAUUUCACUGGCAUGUGCGGGCACCUACUGCAGGCCUCCUGGGAGAACGGGCUGGACCUGCUGCCCCCUCUGGGAACCAUGGGGUCUCUUCUGGGGUUGGAGCUUCCGGGUGGGCGGCUGGGGCGGAGGGGCCCGUGGGGUGGGUGCCUGCUGACCGUCCCCUCCCCCUCCCAGGACAACUUCCCCAGAUACCCCGUGGGCAAGUUCUUCCAAUAUGAUACCUGGAAGCAGUCCGCCCAGCGCCUGCGCAGGGGCCUGCCUGCCCUCCUGCGUGCCCGUCGGGGUCGCGUGCUCGCCAAGGAGCUCGAGGCGUUCAGAGAGGCCAAGCGUCACCAUCCCCUGAUCGCCAUGCCCACCCAUGACCCCGCCCACGGGGAUGCCUCUCCGGAGAUGCCCAGUGAUCAGAAGUGAACCAAAGUGUUGUAAUUCUGCACCAUGAACCAUCGCCCUGUGACCUCCUCCUGACCAAGGACGCUACCAUCAGGUUCUGUCGCCAAAGUCUCUCUGUCCCAUCUCCCCCUGCGGGCUUCCCCUGCCCCAGCCCCCAUGCCCCGCCUCCCCAGGUCAGGCUACCCUCCUCGGCCCCCUCCAUCGGGCUG